AUGGACAACUCAGUCGAGGCGACAACUCAGAUCAGCACUGCAGGGUAUGCUGUCGAGAUGAGUUUGGAUGAGAGGUUUGCGACGAUGAGGAGCAUCGGGUUGGGGAGCAUCGACGAGGAAGAGGAGCUUAGGGUGCUACCGGAGAAGAAGGUCGCUCCUAUUUGCUAUGUUUGGUGCGAUCCCUCUCCAUCGGUACACAUUGCCCAGGGGAUCAUGAUGGUGCUCAAUGUCAACAAAAUGGUCAAAGCUGGCUGCAGGGUUAAAAUCUUGAUGGCGGAUUGGUUUGCUCAUAUACACAACAGAUUCAGUGGUGAUAUGAAUGAUAUUCAGACUAUUGGAUGUUACAUGAUUGAGGUAUGGAAAACAGCCAGCUUGGAGCUUAACGGGGUAGAGUUCGUGUGGUUGUCGGAUGAAAUAAAUCGCCGUCCACAUGAAUACUGGACGCUUGUGAUGGAUGUUGCCAUAAAUAACACCGUGGGGAGGAUGAUAAGGUGCUGGGACAAGACCUUUGAAUAUGCACUCGGGGUGUACGGAAUGCCUGCUGACCCAUAUGACCGGCCUGAUGUCGUGGCUAAAAUGAUCUUUGAACCUUGCAUGCAAUGUGCUGCUGUAUUACUCCCGAAGGCAGACAUAUGGCUGUUGUCCAUGGAUCAUGACGAGGAUCUUGAGGAGGUUCGCGAGCUAACUAGAGAGUACUGCAAAGACAUGAAGGGUGAAAAUCAACCUAUUAUUCUGUCCCAUAAUAAGCUCCCCGAUUUAAUAGAGGACGAUGAAUUUGGUAAUAUAGGAGAUCCAGCUUGGGCCAUCUUCAUGGAAGACGGGGAACAAAUUUUGAGUGUGAAAGUAAGGAAAGCUUUUUGUCCUGUAAAAGUUGCACAAGGCAACCCAUGUCUGGAGUACAUUAGACAUGUUGUGUUUUCAUGGUUUGGACACUGUGAGGUUCCCGGGAAAGAAGAGAAGAGUUGUGGUAGCAGGACGUUUCACAAGAUGGAAGAGUUCAUCAUUGAUUAUGAAAGUGGUGCUCCGCAUUCCGCUGAGGUGAAGCGGGCUCUUGAAGAAGCACUAAAGAAGAUUAUGAAGACUGUAGGUGCCCACUUCGCCGGCAACAGUAAAGCAAAACAUCUUGCGAAAGCUAUGUAG